GCGUUAGUGUAGUCGGCAAACGCGAACGGAGUGAUGGUAAAUUGUGUCGUACUGUUAUUGUGUUGGUGGUGUACAACUGAAUGUGGAAAACUGAAACUCGUGGUCCUAUCAGUCAGACUUUAGACGUUACCUUGCGAACGUCGUUUUGCGUUGUGUGUUGUAGUUCAGUCGCGGCUUUUAAAAUAUUUUUAAACACUGAAACAAUUUUCAUUACGAGUUGUACCUGUAGCAGUAUUGUAGGGACGAUUUUUCAGUACCUAUUGAUUCGGGAUCAUAAUGUUCUGUUUUUGAAAACAAUAUUCUGCAAGUGAAUCGCAUUUAAUAAGGUAAAAUUUAAAAUUGUUUAUAAAUGUAUUACCCAUGUAUUUUUUUUCAUAGGUACCAUAAUAAUUAGGUACCUACAAUGUGCUACCGAAUGUGCUUGUCGAUUUUAAACAAAAUAAUAAUCAGGGCUUGGAUAUUAUAGAAUUUCUUAUUUAUUAUAGAAUACAAAUAAAAAUAGAGUGAGCUUUAAUAUUUGUUUUAUGCACCAUGAACUCCAAAUGUAAAAUUUUAUAUUACUAUUUUUUGUAUAUUUUAAGUAUUUUAGAUUUUUUGUGUUAUUUUUCAUUAGUAUGCAUAAUAUAAUGACUAAUGAGUUAUUUCGUAUUUUUCAUAAAUAUUAGACAAAAUUUCUCAUUUAUGUGAAUCCAUAUGAAAAAUACCUAUAUUUUGGUUUCAUUAUUCUAAUCUAUUUUUAAGUAGUCCGACGUAUUGACCCAUCGAACAGUCUAAAUGUAUGAACUUUUAUUGGCUGUAUUUAUAUAUCCAUUUAAAAAAUACAUUUUAUUUUUUGUCUUUUUUUAAGUAUUAUUAUAGCGCAUAUUUCAGUUAUUUUCAGUGGCAUAAAAUCCGAGCCCUGAUAAUAAGUUAUACGAUUCGAAUGAUUCUCAUUGGAUUCGUUGAGAGGUAUUUUUUUUUUUCAUGUAUAUUCAUCAUUUGAUUAUAUAAUAAUUGGGAAAAUCUAUUGCAAUUUUAAACGAUAGAUAGUAAAGUAAAUAAAUUCACUUAUAUGUUGUAUAGUGUUGAAAAUAUAUCUACGAGAUCAGCUAUUAUUGAUAUUAUUAAUAUUUGAAUGAUGAAAAAUAUUUUUGUUCGUAUGUGAUUAUAAUAAUAUUGUUAUAAUAUUGUAAAUAGGGACUAUUAGGUAGAUAUGGUGACUAUUGUUCUAAAAACAAUGGCGGGUAGUCUUCAAAAUUAAAAUGUAAUUUUUUCAAUUUUCCAAACACUGAAUUAGGAAAAAAUACUUAUUAUCAGUGGGUACCAACUUUUUUAUGUAGUUAUACCACCCGAUUUCAAUUAACCUACCAAUAAAAUUAUUUUGAGUAUUAUUUAAUAUUUACAAUAGGUACAAAAAAUAUAAAUAAACAAGUAGUUGUUUACAUCAUGCGCACCAAUAGAAUGAAUAUAAACAAAUUUACAGUUAUCUAUAAAACGCAAAUAAUUUGUUAAAUUGCAUAAUAUAAUAUAUUAUGAUAUAGUAUAAUGAUUAUACUAUACAUUAAUGUGUAUAUGAUAAUUCUUCAAGAUAAACUUGUUUUUACAAAAAAAAAACCUUAAAUAUUUAGGUUCAUAUAGGAAAAAACCAGAAAAGUCACUUUUUUGUCUAAAAUAGCGAUAUUAGUAUCAAGCAGUUUGUAUAGAUGUACUGUAUAUUUUGUGCGAUCAAACCGGUGAAAAAACCAGACAAGUUAAAAGUAAUGAGCGCCAGAAGUUUAUGCAUACAGGAAAAAACAGUUAAGUCAACUUAUAACCAGACAAGUGUUGGGUUAAUACACGACUAUAACCGUGGUUAAUAAUAUAAUAUGACAUUAUUGUGUUGUGUUUACUACAUUUCAAAGUUAAAUAUUUAAUUUAAUCUGAAAUUUUUACUUUGUAAAAAAAAUUGUUACGCUUUGAAAUUAAAAACAUGUUUUUUCUCAGAUUGGAAAAAAGUGAUUUCUGGUGUUUUCCCUGUACCCUUCAUUUUCAUAUUUUAAAAUUUACUAAUUAUUUUUUUAACAAACAUAAUAUGUAUUACGUAUUCUAGUUAUGAGCUUUAUUGAAUUAAGAACUUUUAAUAAUAUAGUUAUUCUAUUACAAAUGGUUAAUACUUAGGUCAUUAUUAUUGAGAUAAAUUAUGAAGUUAUGCAUGUUAUAUACUAUACCUAUACUGCAUGAAAAUGUAUAUACUUACCUAUUUAUUGUACUUAUGUAUAAUAUAGGUGUACUCACCUAUAUGUUUGUUAUUCAAUAAUAUAUUUUUUUUAAAUAAAUAGAGUUUGUACUUUUUGAUAUUUGUCCAAUUGGCAACAUAACAAAAUAAUAUAAUAUAUAUUUUAUAUGAAAAAUAUUAUAUUAAACACUACGGUUUUUUUUCUCUUAUCUUGAAGUCAAUAUAAAUGUUUAGUAUGUAUACGAUGUAUAGUGUAUAAUGUAAACGUUACCAACACACUAUAAAAAAAACUUCCUGUCCGCAACAUUCGAAUGAACAUAACCGUUCAAUAUUAGGUAUUAUCUGUAGACUACCGAAAUAAUAUUAUAAUAUAGCUGUGUUAUUCCAACACAAAUGCACAUAAACGGGAUCAAAACACAUAUUAUUUGAAUAGACCUGUAGGUUUGUAUAUCUAGUAUAAUAUAUUAUUGUAAUAUGAUUUCACUAGUUUCAUAGUUAUAUACGUAUUUUAAUUAUUUUGUUAAGAAACUCAUAUAUUUGUAAUGUUCUAUCAAAUACCUAUAUUACACGUCCGAUUUGGAGAUCUAAACCUAUAUAUUAAAGGUAGGUAAUAAUAUUUAAAUGAUUUGCCUUCAAAUUCGUGUUACUAAGAAAAUAAUAAUAUCAUAUAUUUAUAUUAUUAUGUCUUUUUAGACCAUCAUCGUUAAUGACUACGUCAUCUUAUACUCUUAGCGUAGGUUCACGUGAGAAUAUUUUCGGUAUAUAGCUACUGUUUUAAAAAUAGGCUAUGCACCAACCAUCACACACAUGCUCCCACAAAGCAGCAAGAUCCCGUUUUAUCAUUUACUGGAGAGAAAAAAAACAUCAUGUAAUAAUUGGAUGUUGGGAAUAUGCAACCAUGCGUGAAUACGAACAUGCUGAUAGUUGUAGUGAUAAAUAAUAAGAACGGAAUAAUAUAAUAUUUUCUUUCAUUUUUAUACCUAGAGUGUAUAUUUUAUCUAUUUGAAGUUGUUGUACCUACAUUUAUCUGUUAUAUAAAACACGCUUAUGGCCUAAUAAAUAGUUAAAGAAUUAAUUUAAUGAACACGUAUUUUCAAAUAAUGAUAACACGACUUUUACUUUUAAUCAUCUAUUUAAUUUCUAAAAUACACGCGAUAUGAAACUUACAACAGGCAUUUAUUCGUUUUUGAAGUAUUAUUUUAUACAGUUUCUAUUAAAUUAACAGUGUUUAGACUAGAAAUUAAGUAAUAGAUAUUAUCUAAAAUAUAUUUUGAAAAUUUAACAUUUGUAUAGGUUCUUAUUUAGUUACCUGGUUAAUAACUCGGUGUCGGUUAUUUAUUUAUUAAAUAGAUAAGAUGACCAAAUAAUAAUACAAUGCUAAUAAAAUAGAUAAUUAGUUAUUUUAUUUUCGCAAAAUAUAUAAUAUAUUUAAUGAUUUUAAUCACGGACUUAGUCACUUGUUAACUGGGUAGAUAGGUACUAGGUACUUUGUCGAAAUUCGUUCGCGGGAUACUUCAAUUUUUUAUAUCAAGUCAUAUUUAUACUUAUAUACGUAUACCAUUUUCGAACAGUUUAUAUUAUCUACUCAAUAAAAUCCACUAUUCUCAUUCAACUUAUGUAAAAUGUGUAAACUGUGAGAAUUAAUUUAAAAUGUAAAAAAAAAGUAAUUCUAAUUACCUAUUUUCAAAAUUGCAUAACUAGGUUCCACUAUCAUAAUAUAAUGUGAUGCCUAAUGAGCUAUUAGUAGGUCGUUAAUAGCUAUUAAACAAUAGUCAUAUUUACUUUCUCAAAAUCUAGAAUUUUUGGUAAAUCGUAUAAAUAAAUAAAACUAUAUUAUAUUAUUUUAUAAUAUUCAUUUAAAAGCAAUAUCCGCUAUAGAGGUGAAAAAAAAAUCACUUACCUACAACUUAUAACGAACAAUUUUAAACAAAAAUUACGAUUUUUUAAAGUUUUAGGAUAUUCAUAUUAGAGUUUAAUGGAUAUACUUACAUACUUAGACAAAAUAUGUCACGUAAUUAAUGGCCAUACUAAUGGUACCAUAUCAAUCAUUCAAUAUACACAGUAUACUGAAUAGACAACUCUCGUUGCAUCGUUUCUUUACAAUGCCUCGUAUUUUUGCUAACGCCCAUUACAUUUUAUAAAAUCCUUGAACAUGAUCUUAUAAUAAUUGGAAUCUGUUUUAUUGUUCUGAAGUGCACGUGGUGUCUGUUUUCGAGUCGUAUUAACGACUUCUGCUGUAUCGCUGUCCAAACAAGUGCCUGUUUAUAGGAAAUUCCAUAAUCGGAACAAAAGACAUUGAUUUCGCGCGCAAAAUAAAUCAAUAAUAAAACGGAUAUAUUAUUAUUCGGAUGCAUUUGUCUUGAUCAUUACAGGAAACGAAGUUUCAAAAAGAGUUUCACUUGUAAUUUUUUUUUUACAUUCUGACCUGAAAAAUUUAUUAAAAAAUCAAUUGGUUUGACAAUGUUCACGAGUCGUUACGGUACGUUGGCCUUUCAGAGCUAUAGUUAGCGUUUGAGUAAUUUAACAAUCGUUCUCUACGGUAUAAUGACAUACUACACGUAAUUUAAUGUAAGUUUAGUUUAAAUAAAUGUAUUUAUUAUUAUUUUAAGUUGUCUUUUAAAUGUCCCUAAAUUUGCGUUUUGGUUUCAUAAUUGCUCAAAACCCAACGAAUCGCUUUGUUAAGGAAAUCUACAAUAUUUAUUACAAAAAUAUUUAAAUUUUCCCAGAAGAUUUGUCGAUUAUUUGGUGAACAGUCACUUUUUUCUCUCGUGUUUUCGCGUCUUUUUUUCUGUGUACUUUUUUCUAUGACUACGAACGAUUUUACCUUAUACUAUAUUUAUUCUUAUCCCGAUUAAUACGAAAACAAACGAAAUUAAGUCAUUUAAAUAUGUAUGAGAUGAACCGAUAAACUAUUAAAAUUUUCCAAAAAAUUAAAAAUAAAUAUUGAUGUAUAGAUUAAAUUUAAAAACAAAAAUAUUUUGAAAAUAUUUUACUUAAAGAUAAUGUUAAUUUGAAGAAUUUGGGAAAAGCCACUCUUACUAUGAGGUUCUUGAUACUGUGAAUAAAGAUUUAAAUAAUAGUUUUCAAGUGAAAGUGUAUUUGUAGCAAUUACUACUGAUCAUUUUUUUUUAAAUUAAAUACCAUUAAUUCUGACUCUUUUAUUUAUUAUUAACGAAAAUAACUUAAAAUUGCUUCUAAAUUAUUAAAAAAUAGUAAUGAUGAUACCAAAAAAUUGUUUAUCAAAAGAAAUAUGGAAACUUGAUAAACUAAUAAAAUUUACAAAUAAUUAAUCAGUGUUAUCAAAUUUGAUAAUUUUAUCAAAAUUAGCAUUAAUACUCUCUGUUACCAUAGUUACUUGUGAAAGAUCCUUUUCUGUCAUUCAAAGGAUUAAAACAUAGUUUAGAUCAUCUAUAGAAUGGCGUCUAUUGGAAAAAUACUUGACGAAUUUGCUAAAAAUUUAAAAAAAUAUGAUUAUGAAUAACAUUUUAUUAUAAUUACUCUGUGAGUUUAAUAUUUAGUAUUUAAUGCACUGACUGUAUUUAAAUAAAAAAAUUAUAUUGUUUUAUGUUAUCAUUCUUCUUAAUAAUUUAUUUAGUUUAGUUAACCUCCCUGAACAUAGCUUUGUAUUACAGAUUUUCGUUAAAUGCUUAAUUGGAAAAUAAGGAAUGCCAAAAAAAAAAAAAAAUAAGUAAAUUGACAUAUUAUAAGUUUCAAAUCAAAAAAAGGCGGUGAAUAGUUGGCAGAAAAAUGAAUAGCGAUGAAACGAUCAUGGAAAAAUGAACUAGAUAAAUGUUUUAAAAUUCCGUGGUUUUUAUGAUUUCUAUUAAAAUUUAAACUUAGAAUGAUAAUUGAAAAAAAAUUAUGUUUGCCACUAAGUACAACUUAUAAUAAACUUUGUGUUAAUUCUGUAAGCAAAAAAAAAUUGUUUGUGAAAAUGUCCGGUAAAAGUUUCAGGUAGGCCUCUACGAUUACUUUUAAUUGAAUUACAACAAAAAACAAAAUCGAAAAUAAUAAUAAGGCAAUACUUUAAAUUUUCAUAUUUUUCUUCAUUUCGUCUCUGAUUUUUCCUAACUAUAAAGAAAACUACAACGGAAAACAAAAAAAUCUCCUCCAAAAUUUAACAUCUAGUCAAAAUUUUCUUUCAGAAAAGAUGCUAUACUUGAAUAUCGGAGCAAGAUAUCUGGUAGAAAAGUUGUUUACAAAAAACACACCAUAAUAAAACUAAUACGCGCUAAAACAGAAAAAAAUACAAUUUUCAAAAUAUUGAUAUAUUUACUAUAAAAUACCAAUCUUCGUAAUUUUGUUUAGUAAUUUUUGCCUGACCUUGUUAAAAAAAAAAAAGAGUAUUUACUCUAGUUAAAUUUUUGUUUUUUUUUGUUUUAUCACUUUUAUAUAUUAUACCGUUAUAGCAUAUCUACUAUUAUAUAUGCUUUCUACGUAAAUUUCGUUACGAUUGUCUUCAACCGGUUCCACGUUGUGUAAUUGGCUCAAAAAUAACACUAUGCUGGGCACUGUGUCAUUACUCUUUAAUAACACAUUUCGCACGAAUCAAGAAAAUAUAAAGUACAGUUGGCCGGUAAAACGAUGUUUUUAUAAUUUAGUGUGUCAAGUGCCUCAUGCCGGAUGUUGUAGGAAUUUGAAUAAAAAAAAUUAAAAAACUACCGUAUUGGUUCCAGAAGGAUAUAAAACGUGAGAUAUUGACAUAUUUAAUGGAAAAUAUUAAUAUAAUAUUAUUUUCUAAUCGAUUCGUAAUAUUUUAUUAUCUGUGUAUAACUUAUAUAAUAUUAUGACGUCGGUGUUUCCCAAUGAAAACAAAGAUAUUUGAAUAGUAAUAAUUUUUUAUUUUUGUAAUAUGUAUAUACCUGUCUGUCUUUAACCAAAUCAAAUAUGUUGAUGGGUAUUUCUGAAAAUGAACAUUCAGGCCAUUCAGCAAUAUGAGAAAAUAAUAUUUUACUAGCUAUUUAAAUUUAUUAUUAUAAUGAACUACAAAUUUUUAUGUGAUGAUUAAACAUUUUCUUUUCCCGGCGGCGCAAUCAAUAUUAUAAAUCUUUUUGAGACUGUUGACAUACGUAUUAUAUCCUUCUUAAGUGACAAAAUAUUUUCCCAAAAAUACAAAAUUUCAAAUAGUAGGUAUGUAAUACCUAUAUAAUUACCUGUAUGUUGUAUAAUGUUUAAAAACUAAACAUUUAAAAUGACAAUUUUAUUAUUAUAAUAUACUAGCUGUCCCGCGUCCGGCGUUGCUCGUGCUAUUUUUUUUAUCUUUAUAUCUGUAUUGCUUUGUCCGUAUCAGUAUAUUGAACUAAAAAAAUAGGUGGAAAUUGGGUAGUCUGUGAACUAAAAGUAUUCUAGUGUAUCAUACAUUUUUUCAUUCGUGUUACCAUAGAUUCCUUAAAAACGGGAAAUAAACUAUAUAUCCACUAUAAUAACCCUAAAAUUAUGAGCAUAAUAGUACUGAAAUGUUGUUACUGUACCAAAAAAUACAAAGAUUUAGAGAUGACGUUUUACGUGUUUUCACUUAACCUGUACGACGCAUAGAUUUUUGUUUUUUUUUAUCCAUGUUAUCAAGGUAGCCCAUCUCAUUUCAAGCCAAUACUAGGCCGGCAGUGUCAGAUACUCUUUAUUUUAAAUUGUUAUAGUUGUUAUGACAUUUUUAUUUUUUAUUUAAUUUGUUUUCAUUUCAUCCGUGUUACUAUGGUAAUCCAUAAUUCAACAAAAAUAAUUCAAUUUUCCUACCAAAAAUAUAUUUCAUCUCUUAUUUCAUCCUCUUCAAGUUUUAUUUUCAUGACAAAAAGUAGCCUGUUUUCUCCAAGGUUUUCUCAUCUAUCUCUAUACUAAAAUGCAUCAAAAUCCGUUCAAUAGUUUUUGCAUGAAAGAGUAACAGACAUCCAUGCAUCCUCACAAACUUUCACGUUUAUAAAUAAUAUAUUAAAUUAAAUAAUAAUAUAAUAUAUUAAUAUUAUUAUAGAACCAUAUUAUUAUUAUCCUAAAUUCAAAUAUAUAUUGAAACAUAUAGGUAUUAAAUAAAAUAUUUGUUUAGGGUACCAUACUGAAGGCAUGCAAUGUAAUUAAACUGUAAUUAUAUACUACAAUUUGGUAUAAUUUAUAUUUAAGUAUUUAAUAACAAAUAAAUUUUACUCAUUUUAAAAUAUUAGUCAUUGAUCAUUAGUCAUAAGCCCUUAACCCGAACAAUAUAUUAUAUACACGUGUCUCUCGUUGAUUUCCGGUAUAUAAUAAUGUACUUAUGAAGAAAAUGUUUAAAUAUAAAAAAACAAACCGAUUUGUUAUCAAAAUAAAACAAAAUUUUGAAAAUUGACAAUUCGUUUAAAUAUAAUACAUAUUAAUCUAUAUUAUAUUUAUUCGAUCCAUAUCCCGAAAACUAAUUUUGUAUAAUUAUGUGCACCACAUACGUCAUCGAUCGGAGAACACAUUUAUGGAAUACUGCCCUUGACCGAAUCGUUGACACUUCGCCGUACAAUCAAACAAUGACAAAUAAAAAAAUUAUUAUUUUUUAAUAGUAAACAUUUUUUUUUUCCAACGGUUUAACUAUAACCAUUUUCUGUUUUAAAGAAAUACUCGUCAUAAUAUUUUGUCUAUGUACGUGCACAAUUGUAUAAUAGUGGUUUACGAUGUUAUAAUUUUUUUUUGUCUUAUUGUAUGACAAACGAUGGUAACUGUAAAAGACAAAAUGUAAUUGAGGUCUUAACAAUGAUUAUGGGCAACAAAUAUAAAAAAAAAAUUCAUCACUACUUCACUAAACUAUUUUAUAAUCCUUUAAAAAAAAAAAAAAUAUUACUCAUACCUAUAUUAUAAUAGUUCUCAAUUUUUAAUACGUAACGAAAUACGUCAAAUGAUUCAUAGAAUAUUAAUCAUUACUACAUUAUAAUAUAAAGAUUAUACGUUUGCAAGCUACUGUAUAAAUUGUGAUAAAAAAUAAUAUGAAAAAUCAAAAUAUAAUAAUUAUGUUCCAAUUACACUUAACCAAUUAAAUUAAUUUAAUUUUUCCAUACAAUUGUACAUAUGCAAUUGUGUAAUUUAUUUACAUUUUAAGUACAAAUUAUUAUUAAUUUGAUAAUAAUUAUUAAUUGUUCAGACUCAUUUUAAAUAAACACUUCGGACACACUUUGCACCAUUUUGCACUUUGCACUGUCCACCACUUUGGUCCAUCAAAUGGAAAAUUGUAAAAGUAUAGGAUAAUUUAAUUUUUUUAAUUGAAAGCAAUGAUAUACAUAUAUUGUAAACAAAAAACGACUUUGGCCUUUAGUAAAUUGGUUAUAGUAAUAGCUUCAUUUUUCCCUUGUCACCAAUGUACCACAGAAAUCAAUUUGAUUAACAAAUUAAUGAGAAUUUCGUAAAAUAUUUCACAUAAAAAAUUUCACAUCUGGAAAAAAAUUAUUAUCUUUUAAGGUAUGGCAUGAACAAAUCUGAGCAUUUUUAUAAACUAAAAAAAUGUUUUUCAAGAAAACUAAAAUACACAUCUUAGAAUUUAAAAUACAAUUUAAAUAAGUAAGUAGUUUUGAAAGUUAUACAACUAUAUUUUAUAGUUUUUGGAAUACUAUAUUAUAACUACUAUUACACUUAAUAUAGUUUUAAAGUGAUUUUACAGUUUUGACGAUCAUGUUUCUUUUAAAUAAAUUAGUAAUUAAAAAAAAAUUGAAAUGUAGGUACAUAAUUAAUAUUUGUUAAACAGAUAUUAACUGUUUUAUGCUAUACACCUAUUAUCUCGUAAUAAAAAUUCAUUGUUCUUUAAUAUUUAUUUUUGGCUUAGAGUUUAUCGUUUCUAUGCGAUUAAAAUUGACCUGCUCGUCGAUUUUAUUUCUCUUGUUUAACUUUAUGGUUGUAUUCACUCAAAAAAUUAAUAAAACUUCCGAGAAAUUAUGAAUUUAUACUGAAUAGCAAAUUCGCCUAAUGUAAUAUAAUAAUACGAGUAUUAAAUAUAAGUAUUAAAAAAAUAUAGGAAAAACAAGUUGUUUGUGUAGUAAACAAAUAGCGUGUAAUCAAUUUCGAUUUUCAGUUUAAAUAAUAUAAUUGAUAUAUCCAUCUUAAUAACAAUAAACAAUAUGUUUUGCUCUAAUAAUUUGUAAUUAUGCAAUAAUUUGUUUUAAAAUUAUUGUCUAAUGAUCUAAAAAUUAUACUAUUACAUUGAAUUCCUCUUGUAUAUUUUAGUUAUUAUGUUUAUAUUAGUUUUUUCUAUAUUUUUUUGCUAAUAAAAAAAUAUAAUAACUAGUAAUAUACUUAUGAGUUAUGAAUGUUAUGACUUAUUUCAAACAUGUUCUAUUCAAAGACGCACAAACCAAGCACCUAUUAAAAAUCUGACAAAAACCUUUGUAUUUAUUGUCGUCAGGUACCUAUGCAAUAUAAAUGCACACAAUGGAUUAUAAUGUUCUACUCCUUUGUCAAGUGAAAUGUUAGAUUACAUUUUUAUUUCAAUAAAUAUACAUUUUAUAAUAUAUUAUUAUUCUUAUAUCUUAUAAUAAUAGUAUUGAUACAUCGAGUAAAACUUAGACACGCCGUGACCUUUCAAUUAAGUUAAAAAUCUCGAGGUUCUUAUUUGUAUCAUUUUCGUACAUAAAACAAUAGGAUGAUAAUAUAAUUCAAGGGCGUUUCCCACAUGAUUCGUAUCCGCAUCAUUGAGCAGUGUAACUAAGUGACAAUACUAGAGUUAAUUGUUAUUUGUUAAUUUUUUUUUUUCAAGACAAUCCUUACCGAAUCCUGACAAAAUUAAUUAUCUAUAAUAUAUUAAUCAUUAUUUAGAUACAUAGGUAUAACUUAGAUGGCGAUCAAUUUUACAAUAAAUUCCUAAGAAAAUCGAGAUAUGAUAGUUUUCAAAAAUAAUUUGUUUAGUUACAACUUACAAAUGCUGCUGUUCGAAAAUUGUAUAGCACAAUGGACAUGUAUUUCAAUACAUUGAGUUAAAUUGUAUGCAAUUUAUAAUUUAUUUGUAUUAUUUUUUUUUUAUCCCCGAUGAAGGAUUUCUCUUUAUUAUACACACACAAAUAUAAUAUAAUACAUAUAAAUAUAUUAAUAUUACCUAUAAUAUAUUAUACAAAAUUGAAAAUUGACAUAUUUUGGAAGUUUUACUAAUACAAUGAAAAUAUCCUAUGAUUCUUGUUUAAGAUGGACUGUAGUUCGAGAUAAGAAAAACGAAAAACACUUCUAUUUAAUAUAAUAAAAUGCUGUUACAUUUAUAUCAUAACACUCACCUAUAAACAGAACAAUCAUAGUUCAGUUAUGUUGAUAGAAUAAGUAUUAACUAUAGAUAUUAUUAUACCUAAUAUGUUUAUAUGAAAAUAAAAAAUUGAGUUUUACAAUAGAAUAAUGGACUUAUGGACAUAUUGACAUAUUAUUUUAUCAUAUAAUACACAAUAAUAUGAAGACAUAUACAUUUAAUAGUAAACACAUUACGAAUUUGAAACACAAUUUUCAUAUUUUUUAUAAAAAUGUAGGGAAUCUAUAAAGAUUAUGUAAUUUUUUAGUUCCAGGAAAACGGACAUGUCAUUUUUUUUUUUUUUAAAUUAUUCUGAAAUAAUAAAUAUUCUUAAUCCAUAUAUUAUUAAAAGAAAUCGUAACAUAUUUAUUAUUACUUUAACAAUACGUGCUAUAUAUUUUUAUUUUGUAAUGAUAUGCACAUCAUUACGUAGUUAUAUUUUGGAUUUUUAUUGUUACAGCAGGAUAAUGGCAUUGGCUGUAGUUCGUUUUUCGGUAUUGUUUUGUUUAUUUUAUCAACCAAACUCUUUUGUUUUGGACAUAGAACGAUAAAUAAUUCAAAAUUUAACUGUCAAUGCGUUAUAUAUAUAUUAGGUACCUAUUUAGAUAAAUAUUGUUAUCCGACCAUGUAAAACAAUAAUUCCUUACCUACGAAAAUAUUAAUUAUCGAUAGUUGAUUAUUAAAGCAAUUUGAAACGUAAUGAUAAUACGUUGACUCAUGAGGGAUACUUAAAACGAUUGUAAAAUUAUAUGAUACUAAGAAAAAUUUGACAGGUACCAUACUGUGUAAGUACUUAUCGUUAUUAAAUAUUUUUGAAUAUAUUAUAUAAUAAUUAAUUAAUAUAUACAUUAUAUAAUAUCAUAAUAUAUAGGAUUAUAGGCAAUUAAGUAUAAAAAAAAAAGGUAGGAAACAUGGUUAUUUAAUUUAUAUAUAUAUAUAUAUAUAUCUACAUGCAACAAUAAGUCAUUGCUAACAAAGUACAAAGUUUGAUUGUUCAUGAUUUAAAUAAUUUUAAACGAUUUUUAACUUACAUUUAUAUAUAUAAAAAAAAAAAUACAUUACCUUUAUGCUAACGCAUAAUUAUUAUAUUUAUUUUUUUUCCGCUAAAUACUGAUUAUGAUGAACCUCGUAUAAAAUUGUCAAACGUUUCUGCUCAACCAAAACAAUUUAUCCACUUAAAACUAAAUUAAAACAAUAAGAUAGUAUAGGUAGUUUAAAAAUGUGUUACACAAGUCUUUGAAACAAAUUCGUGUCAGAUGAAUUUUGACAAAACCGUGUAGGUUUGUCAAGAACGUCAAAAUUGAAAGGCAUCAUAUAUUAUUUUAUAAGUAGCGUAUAAAAAAAAAACUCUGAGAAUUCUUCCAGUGUUACCCAAUCAGAAUCAAGAACAAUUAUUGUAUUCAUAAACGGCACAAAGUUCAAAUAAUUCAAAUUUUAUAGGGAUAAAAUAAGCGUUUUACGGAUGACACAAACAUCACCAUACUUUGCAGAACCGCAGACCCACUUUAAGAAAUAUUUAUGUGUUUAUUUUUGUGUAUAUUUAAAAUAUUAAAAUAUUUUUUUGUUUUUUUCAUUGUCAUUGCAAAACAAUAUUUAUUACAGUUUAUCAAUGUGACAUUCUGACCUCUAACUGGGUAAUGCUAUAAAAGCUCCAGUGUGAAACUGUAUAAAACUAUACAGUGAAAUUAAUUAAAAUAGUUUUAUUAUAUCAAUCGCAUCAUAUUAUACUAAAUUUUGAUUGGUACCCAUAAGUAUAUAAAUAUUAGAAAAAACGUAUACAUAUCGUCCUAAAGUACUUAUAUUCUGAUGAACGCAGGAAACUAAGAUCUUUUUUUCCUUGUGUAACCCUGUAUAACUGACAGCAGAUUGGGAUUAUUUACACAUGACUACCUCGAUACUGUCUAGAAUAUAGGGAGUUUUGACACAACGCCUUUGGAUGUGCAAAAAUAUACUAAAAAUUCUUAUCGCAUUUAUAAAAAAAUUAUAAUUUUAAAAAUGGUUGCAUUGUAUUACCUAAAUUAUUUGAAUACUUAAUGAUCAAUAAAAAUAAAUGUCUUUUAGUUAUGAAAUUGUAUGUGGUUUUGGAUGAUUUUUAAUAGUCUUUUAUCCGCAGUCUUAAAUAUAAACAAAUCGUUUUAAUAUUUUGGAUAUAUCUAAUUAUUUCUUCUUCGAGCUGAGUUGCAAAAUAUGUCGUGGCCUGUUUAAAUUAACCUGAAAUAUUAUUUUAAUUGUUUGUUUUAUUUUUAAUAUAUUUUAAAACACGUUUAUUCAAGUUCCAUGUUUGGGGUGGCAACAAUAUAGAGUCAAAAUUCAAAAUAAAAUCAAACCAAAAAAAUAUUCAAGUACACCCAAAAGGGCUUUUGUUACUGCGUCUUCCACCAAAACGGUUUCGUCCAAACAGCCACGCCCAAAUGUCCAAUGUUCCCAGGACAAAUAUUACGGUCGUAUGGUCGUAAAAGGGCGAGCGAAGGCAGUAGGAACCCAGUUUUCAAGACUAGUCGCUGUGUAACUUACAUAGGUAUAGGAGAUAUAAAGUAAAUGUAUCGCAAAUUCUGUGUCUUCAUUUAUUAAAUGUGUAUAUAAUUAAUAAUACUGUGCAAAAGAUAUACACGGCAUUUCUCAGACGGUCACAACUAACAAUAAUAUAAUAUAUAGCGUAUUCGCGUUUCCAAGUAAUACUAAAUAUUUCGGCUAGAUGACUUUGGAUUUAAAUUUCAUUUUCGGGAUGUGAUAUAAGGGAGGUGACUGAAAUACACAUUUUAAAAUAAAUUUAAAUUGUUUAACUCUUUUGGUUUGAGCAUGUGCAAUACAAACUAAACAAAUUGAAAAUUUCAUAAACAUAAUAUUUUUUAACCUGGACGGUAAAUAUUUCUGGUUUAUAAGUUUUAGUAACACCGGUGUUUGAAUAGUGCUCCAUUACUGUCCUCUUUACCAAACCUAAAGUAUAUGCAUACUAAUAAUUCAUCUAUUCAAAAAAUUUGUAAUAUGGGUUGUUAUUUUAAAACCAAAAACGCUUUCAAUCAACCCCUAAAAUAAUAAUAAUAAACAAAUUCCGAAAAAAGUCAAUACUUUUCGUGAUAACGAGUGUGUAACAAGACAUUGAUCGUCCUAUAUAUAUAAUAUAUGUGUAUACAAAUGGGAAUCGUAAAAAGCGAAAUGGAACGAGCGUGCGGGAAAUAGAUUGCGCGUGUUUUUUUUUUUUUUAUACGCCCAUUCGUACGGCACGGGGAGCGAAAAGGACACAAAAUCUCGUCGUUGUGUAAGCCCGUAUAUUAAUAAUGGAAAGUAUAAUAUAUAUUAUAUUAUUAUCGUGGAGGAAGGUUCCGUCGAACGCCUGCGCCCGUUUCAUUACGUCAGUUAAAUAGGUAUUCGUUUUGUCAUGUUUUUUUUUCCUUUUUCUGACGUUCGGCAAAAAUGUGCCGACGCGUGUCGUCUUCUCGUCGUGUGAUUCCAUGCGGAUGCGGAUAGUUUUUGCCAGCCACCAAUCGUGCUAAUCCCGUUACAGCCACAGGUUUCUGCGGCGAUCAAAAAUAAAGAAUCCAUAUAAUGGAAUAUAAAUACGCACUUGCAAACUGUGUGUACCAUAUCGAUAGUUUUCGUUAGUUUAAUUGAACCAUUGUCGAAUAUUAAUAAUUAUCCCCGUAAAUAACAAACUAUUUGAAAUAUUUUGAAUCCAUCGAAUAGAAAUUGUUCGGUUUUGUCCAAUUAUAUAAUGUGUGUAAAGCUGCGCUGCAGUAACUGUAUACAGGUUGAAUAGGAAUUUAUGUUAUUGUUUCGCAUACUCUCUUUUUUUUGUCUAUUUUUUAUCAAAUUUUCUACCAGAAAUCUUGUUCCCAUAGUAGUAUACAUUUUGAAUCAAAUUUUGUUUAGUUAUUGCAUUGAGAGGUCAUUUUUUAAAUUUCUUAGUAUUUUUCUUAAACAAUAUAGUGAAUGUGUGACAAAAAAAUUUCCCAUCCCUAUCGAUAACUAAAAAAAUUACUUAAAGAUACGCGGGUGACUUGUCAACAGUUUAAUAUUUAGGACGUCUCUAUCUCUCCUACGCACGUACACAUUCAUUCUCGGAAAUGAAAACGCACAUUUUUUCUUCUUCUUCGGCUGUGACUAACGUCACCGCAUCGAAAGCGGACAAGUAUUAUUAAUUUAUUGCGCGUACAUUAUAUCCAAAUAUGUAUUAUGUUUACUUUUAUCGUUAUUAAUUUUGUUUUUUUUUUUUCGAUUAUUAAAAAUGCAACUCGCAGUGUUAUCGAACGCCUCGAAACACAUACCUACCUAUAAUACAUAACAUUUAUAUAUAAUAUAUAUUAUACGUAUGUAUAGAUAAAAUAAGCACAAUAAAUAUAUACAAUUGUAUACCUUGAAUUAAUAAUCGUUUUUAUAAAAUCGUAUUACGUACUAUACGUCCAUAUUAAAAAUAAUAACAUUAUUAUUAUGUUGGCAGUCGAGACUCGAAGUCCAAUCGAAUAUAAUGUAGGUAUCGCAUGUAUUUGCACAAGUUGAACUGAAACGUGCAGUGUAAAGCAGACAUAAUUUCACAAAAUAAAUUAAUUAUCUUGCAAUAAAUUGAACAUUAUUUUUAUUCAAAAAACUCUAUCAAUAUUUUUAAAUUCUGAACUCAGGUUAUGAUGUGUUUUUUUUUUUUGUGCGUUUUCGAACAAAUUUUUUUACUAGAAAUCUUACUCCAAUCAAAAAUGGCAAGAGAGCAAAAUGUUAAUUCUAGUUUACUUAUAUGCAUUGAGAAGUUUAUUUUUUAAUUUUUGUUUCAGUUGUUUUAAUAACUAGGAAAAAACAGGAGAGUUUACGAAAAUAACGGAUCCAUUAUUUACGAUUUUGUUUUUUAUUGUAUUGAUAUUUUGUACUUGCAAUUUGUUGAGAAUAUUUUUAAAUGUUAGCCUUUUAUAGACGUGAUAAAAUAUCCAAAACAUUCUGGUCAUUUUUGAACUAUUUCUAGACAUUUGAUAUUUUCAAGGUUUUUCGUUUUAAUUCGGUUUUAUAUAGAUAUAUUUAUUUUAGCCAAGCAGUAUGCUUGAACAUUGUACACGAAAUUCAUGAUUAGUUAUACUAGGUGAUAAAAAAAAAGUUUAGCGUUAUGUAAUAAUUUUUGUAACAAGUUUUUUAAGUUCAAAUUGUGAACACCAUUAUUUCAAACCAUGUUCUUUUAAUUGAAAGAUUAUACCUAAAUAAUAGUCAUAAACAUCAAUAAUUUAAAAUAUGCAUUAACACAGAAGAAAUGUUAUUCUUUAUUUAUGUAUAUUUUAUGUAUGUACAAUUUUAUUUAUAUUUAUAUUAUAUUAUAUUUAUAUUUUAUAUAUUUAUAUUUUAUUUAUGUAUGUUUAUUUAUGAUGGUCUUUAUAUUUAAUUUUCAAGAAGUAUAAGCAAAUAGAUAAAUAACAUUUUCAAUUAAAUUUACCAAUAUUUCAAAUGUAAAAAAAGAGCUGUCACUGUUAAUGGGUGAAAAACUGUUGUAGGUAGAAAGGUAGGAUACAUAAAGUUAUUUAAUUUAUAUUUGUAAGUAACUAAAUACGACUCUGAACGAAGUUCGGUUAGGUAUACUUGAUUUGAAAUAUCGUAAUAUUUAUGAUUUUCUUAAAACUUUUAUCUAAAAAUGCUUAUAAAAAAAAUAACUACUAUUUAUAACUUCACAUUUUUUUUAACUACUAAGUAAAACUUAAAAUGAAAUUUGUAUUCAAUUUGCAAGCAUUUCUGUUUGGUCAAACAAUUUUAUUCGUACAAUAACUGCCAAAUAAAUAAUAAAAAAAAAGUUAAAAUAUUAUAUGACCAUAAAUAGCUCAAAAAUUGUUAGAAUGUUUUGAAAAUGUAUACACGUGUGAAUAAAAUUGAAAAUAAUGAAACUGUUAUUUCCGUAAACUUUCCCAUUCUUUUUACAGUUUUUCCACUUUUAUCCAGUUAUUAAGAAAAUACAAACAUUACGUAUUACUUCAACCAGACAAAAUUUACUUUUAAGAUGCUAAUCAUAGUAAAUCGGAGCAUGAUUACUGGUGUAAAAGUUGUUCACGAACAGAAAAAGAAAAAACACAACAUAAUAAACUAAUACAAUCUUCACUCCGUUUAAAAUCUGAAGUAUAUAUGCAUGUAUUAUACACGUAAAUAAUAAAUAUAAAUAUCGUAAACAGUGGCGCCAGGAUUUUUUUUCCGGGGUGGGCCGAUAGGCGCAGUGACCCGGAAUUAGAGGGGAAUAGUUAUUUAAAUUAAAUUAUUAAAUAUAAACAAAACGUACUGUAAACAUCGAAACGUUAAACCAUGGACAAUUAUAAAAUAAAUAGUAAUGCUAUGUACUUACAUUAACGAUUGCAGCCUGUAGGAGCCUAUAGAGAAUUGUCUACAAAUAGAUUUAUACCAUAAUAUUUUUACGUGAAUAGCGCUAAGUAUAAAAUAUAAACAAGCGUAAAACUGUGUUAUGAUUUAGGAAAACCGGAUACUGCCAUUAGAUAGGUACACGUGUUAUAAACUAUUUACUUUUAGAUUUUGAGCGGACCAUGGAAUGUAUUGGUUUUAUAAUGUUAAUUUAUAUUUUUUUAUCUAUAAACAACUUUUCUACCAGAAAUUUUACUUCCAUUUUGAAAAGUAUUACUUUUUCUGAACUGUACUUUAUCUGGGUGGUAUUUUAAUGAGGUCAUUUUUUUGAUUUUCCAAGGAGUUUUCAUAAUAAAUGGGGAAAAAACGGGAAAAUUUACGAAGUUUAUUAAUUUCAAUUUUGUAUCAUUGUUGUGAUUCAGUGAAAAAUAUUCUUUAGUGCUUAAUAUUGUAAUAUACCAUAUUUUGUAUACUACCAAAUCAUCCAAAUCAUUACUGUGGAGAGGUUGUUUCAGUUGUAAACACCAUCAAAACUCGUAUUCUUGGACACUGCGUCCAAUAGGGCAUCCUAAUAGUCAGUGCCCACGGUCAGAAAGAUAUUUUUUGUAUUCAAAAUUUUCAGAUAUUAUACGCACAUCAUAGCCACUUUAUUAUAAAGGAUUAAGGAUAAUUUAAUAAGAAAUAAGAUUUACAAAUGUUUGUUAUUUUACUUACUAUAAGUACUUAGAAAAACUUUAAAAUAUCGAAAAUUAUUAAAACAGUAUUGUACCUAUACAGAAAAUGGCGAUUUUUCAAAUCUUUCUUUUUCAUAAUAGGUAUAUCUUAUAUCAUUGGUCCCGGAGCCUAAGUCAAUUUUGGAUGGUUUGCAAUACAAAUAAAUUAAAUUUUUUUAAAUUGUUCAGUGACCUAAUGUAAUAAUUGAUAAAUAGCUAAAUAUAUUGCUCAAUAGUGACCUAAUCUAAUUAUUAAAUAUGGCAUCCUUACGAGGACGGUACACAUAGAUUUGUUGUUUCUGUCUUACAAACGCACGAUAUAGUAAAUACUGAAUGAUCAUGCAGAUUGCAUGGAACUCGCUUAAUUUUGGUUUUAAAAUAAAAAUACAUAUAAAAUCAGAAGCAAACAGUUUUCCGGAAGGCAAGAAUUGUGUAGGUGGAGCUACGGGGUAUGUCAAGUAUGCUUAAGCACACUUUAAACUUCUACUGUCCAAAUCAAUUUGAACUUGAGGAAAACUUAUUUUUAAUUUAUUGUAUUAUAAAUUGAAAAUGUUUAAAAUUCAAACGGAUGUUGCUAAAAAAAACUAUUGAUUAUAAAUUAAUGUAUGAUACAUUACAAUGUUUUAAAUAUUUUUGUAUAAAAUUACUGUUUUAUAAAUAUUUUAAAUAUAAGUGAGUACCUAAAUGAAGUUAUUAAUUUUUUUUUUUUUGUAAUAAGGAGAUAAAAAUAAAAUUGUAAUUUUUUUCUAAAUAAAUGUCUUCUACCUAAAAGAAAACAGAUUGAAAAAACAUUGUUUAAAAAAAUAUUGAACAUUAACAGCUCUAGAAAAAUCCGUCGGUAGGACACCAUUAAAUACUUUAUUUCGAUCAAAAACAUAAUAAUAAUAAUAAAUCUACUUCCUUUGGUUUUAACGAGUUAUUUAAUUUAGAACAUCCUCUGGAUCUAUCUACACUUUUAUCAACUGUGUUCAUUGCUCAUGCAAUUUAAACAGUUGUUGUCUUUAAAAUUACAAAAAGUAUUAGUUUAAUUUUCGAUGUUACUUUUUAUUUCAAAGAUAUAGAAGUAGGUACUAGAAUAAAAAAAAAAAAAAGGCAAGGGUAAUUGGAUACCAUAUCCUCCUGUGAUUACGCCACUGUACUGAUAUUGAUAUCUGCUAGUUAAGUGUUAUUCGUCCGCAUUUUCAAAUAUCAGUCAAAAUUUUAAAAUAAUGUUAAUAUUGUCCUUCCAAUACUAAUAUUUAAGUAUACAAUAAUAUAAUGAUUUUACCAGGAAUAGUGACAUGCAUCCAUGCAGAAAGUUUUGGUUUUACUAAAUCGUCCGUGUAAGAGAUAAAAUUUCCUUCCAGUAUAUACCAUAUUUGGUCGAGUAUAUUUAGUGAUAAUACUCUAUUACUCUUCAGCGGUCAGAUUUAUAUUUACUACCUAUUAAAACUAUGGGUAAAUAUCCAAUUAUUAUGAUUUGUUUUUUUUCACAACUAUUUGAAUCAUCACAAACGGGUAUUCACACAAGUACUAUGUGUAAUCAAGUGUUUUUACCGCUAAUAAAGAAAAUUAUUAUUUAGGUUAGUUUAAAGUGUAACAAUAGAACAAAAUAUAACAAAACCAUCAAUAAUGACAUAAAUAUGCUGUUUUAAGUUGGUUAUUUUUAGCCCUGACACACUUUCUACCAAUUGGCACGGAAGUGACCCUGGUCAAAUGGUACCUAUACGGACCUAACACCACAUGUGUAUAAUAAUAAUAAUAAUAAUAUUAAUUUAUAACCUAAAAAUCUAUCACCAAAUCAAUUCAAUUGAUGACUCUAAUCAGUUACAAAACGAUCUAGAUGAAAUUUCAGUGUGGUAUCUUUAAAACAGUCUUUUAAUUAACCCUUCUAAGUUUAAAUACGUUUUUAUUUAACUGUUUAAGAAAUAAAACUACAGCCACAUAUGGUAUUAGCAAUUCUGAAUUACAAAUCUCAUCUACUGUGCGUGAUUUAGAUGUUUUAUUGUCCUCUGAUCUCCCAUUCAAUGGUUCAUACCGACGCUAAAUCUUACGGGCAAUUGGCUUCAUAAACCGAAACUGUUCUGAAUUUAAAAAUAUUGAUUGUCUUAAAAUGUUAUAUUGCUCUCUUAUCUGGUCCAUAUUAGAAUUUUUGUCAGUAAUUUGUAAUCCUAUACAAAAUUACCUAAUUGACAAACUUGAAAAAAUCCAACGAUGCUUUUUGAAGAAGAUGGCAUACAAAUUAGGUCGAAUUGAUGUCUAUAAUAGAGAUACCUUGGCUAUAGAAUUUGGUUUAGAAUUACUUUCCUCUAGAAGGUUAUAUAAUGGCAUAGCUUUUGUCCACAUAUUAAUAAACGGUAAACUAUCCUACCCAGAAUUCCUAACUAAGAUAAAUUUUAAAAUUUUAAUAUUCAACUCAAGAAAUAGUUGCCCUUUUUUAGUAGCACAAUGCUGCACAAAUAUCAUUAAACAUAGUCCGGAGUAUCGCCUUUUAGAUGCUUGUAAAAAUGUACCUAACUUUGAUUUUUCUUUUAAUCUACAACUUAAUUAAGCAUAUAAUAUUCAAUACUAGUUAACCUACAUGAAUUCAUGUUAUAUUAUAUAUUUUUAUAUAAUUAAUUAUAAUUAUUGUUAUAUAUUUGUGUCCAUUUUUUCUAAUUUUUCUUUUUUGUACAAUCUGUUAUUCAAUAUUUAGAUUUACAAUGUAUGAUAUUUUAUGUAAUUAUAAUUGUACUCUUUACCACUUUGGGGUGUUAUAUUUUGUUAUACAAUAAUUUAUAUUCACAUAAGUACAAUAUAAUAUUAGUUUAACAACAAAACAAAUAAUUGUAUUAAGCCGUAGAUACGACUCAUCCCAAACUAUAAUACAUUUUAAACAUUUUAAGGUAUUAUACUUAUUAUAGCGCGCGGUUACCAACAUGCAGUGGCGUGGUGAAAGAUUUUUCCCUAAUUCAAUUGCUUAACCCUCGAAAUAUGUGAAAGGCGGACAGAAAAUAGCCAGUGAGGUGGUCAUUUUUAAAAUAAUUGCUUAGGGUUUGAAACAUACGCUCGUCAUGCCAAUGUGUAAAUGCAUAACUGUGUACAAACUAGAACUGUCGAGAUUAAAAAAUAAACGUAACAUACACCUACAAACAUUAUAUUUCUAAUAAUAUAUGAAUUACUUUCUCUGUGCAAUAGAAUAAUAACAAUAAUGAAAUAUUGCGUAAACGAAAAGAAGUUAAGGUUGUUAUAAAAAUUAUUAUCUUCUUAUAGUUUAACCUCAGCUAAGCAGAACGAAUAGCUACACCUUACCUUACAAGUAGAUAUUACUCAUUAAUACCUAUGUAUACUAUUAUCCACAAUGUUCAACUAGAGUAGGUAACUCAAAAUAGACAGUAGGGGCAUAAUAUAAUUUCAAUUUUAAGAUAAUAAUUAUUGCACCGUCAAGGUAUACUGCGCUUUUGGCCAAAUUCAAAUAAAACUGAGUUGAACUUUAAAUAAUAGAAACCUAUUAAUGCUGAACAAUACUUUGACUAAUCCCGGAAUCGGGAUUAAAAGUAUCAAUCCGGAUCAUUCCGGGUUCGGUGCUCAGCAUUAAUACCUAACUAAUAAAAUACAUAGAUACGCACAGCAAAUUAUUCAAUAAAUAAUUAGGUAAUAGCUAGGCAGAUAUACGAUAUAAUUUUGAUUUUGUGCUGGUACCUAUAAUCUAGUUUCCAUGGACGUAAUCGUAAACGUAUAGUACCUAACCUUAUUAGUACCAUAUUAUUAAUAUAAUUAUUGUUGUAUAUUGUUAUAUGGUAACCGGUAGAUACAAAAUAUUAUUUUAAUUCAUUAAUUUUCUAUAAAUUCAAUUUAAGUUUUUUAUAGCAAUCCGCAAAGUAAUUUUUGUAUAGGUACUCAUAUCACUGUAAAACCAUAGAUUAAAGUAUGAAAAUAUUAUAAUUUAUAUUGUGUCUAUAAUAGUAAAACUAAUAUUUCUGGUCGGGUUCUAAAAUUAUAAUUCAUAAUAUAAAUCAAAUGUUACUUUCACUUUAAGUUAGCGAAACGGUGCGUGAUGGAAAGAAAAUUAAUUAAAUACAUGUAAAAGUGCAUUAUAACUAAUAUAUUAAAUUUUGUUAAUUCCGGAAAAUCAAUUAUUCAUAGUUUGAGUGUUUGACCAUCAAAACUAUUUCCCUAUUUAUUACCUAUAUUGAACUAUUAAGCAGACCGUCUAAACGAUGUAUAUGUUUGAUUUUAGAUUCAUCAUCAUGCUUCAGCAGAUUCUUAAAGAUAUGUAUGUUGAUCCGGAGUUACUGGCUGAAUUAGAUGAAGCACAAAAACAAACAUUGUUUUGCAGAAUGCGCGAAGAACAAGUGCGACGUUGGAGUGUCUGGGAUCAUAGUGAAAAUAGCAAAGCUAUUAACUCAAAAAAACAUAAAAGUAAAAUACAAUUUUAAAAUAUAGAUGUGUUUAAUUUAUGUAAUUGAAGAAAAAACAUUUAAAUACCUACAGAAAUAAUGGUGUCUAUUUAUAGAAAUAUUACAAUUGAAUAUUAUAAUUGAAAUCCGUGAGUAUUAUCUGAUAUAUUAGGUAUAACCGUAUAGGUACUUAGUACUUACCUAAUGGCUUAUAAAUACCUAUUUCUAUGUUCCGUUUUGGUAAAAAUGUAAGAUUUUCUGUUAAAUUAAACUAAACUUAAUAAAUCUAUACCUACCUACCUAAUAAUACUCACGACUGAAAAUUAUAUUCUUCUUUUAUGAAAAUGAGAUUAUAUUGGAUUAUAUUACUUUAGGUAAAAAAAAAGUACAAUGGCUGUUGGAUGUAGAUGGUGAGCCGUGGACAUGGAUCAUGGGUGAACAUAAAGAUGAUAAAACUAUCGAGCAAAUAAUCGAAGAAGAGGCUAGAGAAGCUGCAAGAGUACAAGCAGAGCAUGAGACUGAACAUUUGAGGUUAUUUAUUAAAACUAAACAAACAUUAAUUUAUAAUAUUUAAGCAUUUAUAUAUUUUAAUUAGUCAUUUGCUUAUACAAUAUUUUUUUUUAUUAAAAAUUAUAAAAUAAAAUAAAUUUAUAAUUAAUGUAGUAUGCACUGAUGUGUAUAUCAAUCGUAUUAAAUAUAUAGGUUUACAUUAUUAGUAAUAUUUAUCAUUUCUUAAAAUAAUAAAUUACUUUAUCGAUUAGUUUUAUUCUAUUAAUUUAUUUUUAGUAGGCACCUAGUAGGUUUAUAUAUAAUAUUUAUUUUUGCUAUAAUAUAGUCUUUAAAUGCUAUGAAUACACAAAUUAUAGGAAUAAUAUCAUUCAUUUUUUUACUUAUACAAUAUUACAUUUUAUAUUACCUGGCGUUGAUUGAAUAAAUAAAUUAUGUAAACAACCAAAUUUUUAAUGUUCUUUAUCAACACCUGAAAAUUUAACAAAAUUAAAAUAUAACUAUUAUAACUGUUUGGUCAUUUUUUAUUUUUAUUUUUUGAAUCUAGAUUAAAAGUUGAAUCUGAAUUGAUGGCAAUGUUGGAAAGUAAAACAAAACAGCAAUUCCAUCCACCAGAAAAUAAAUAUUCACAUGACAGUGAAGUAAUUUACUGUUCCGUAGAAGAUUUGAAAACUAAAAAUACAAGAAAAUCAUGUGCAACCGCAACACCUGCAAUACGUGGGGCUUUGAAAGAACUGUCAUUCAAUAAAGUAUUUCAUUUAUACUUACUAUACUUCAUAAUAAUAACCAUAGUCUAUGAAUGAUUCUUUGAAUGAUAUGAUAUAACAUAAUAUGAUGUAUAGAAUCUUCUGAUCAUAUUGUGUAUGUUUUGUAUCACUAUAUAAUAUACGUAUAUACAUACAUACACACAUACAUAAAAAAAUAUAUAUAUACAUAUAUAUUAGUGGAACCAAUCGUUCGAUGAGCUCCUGAACAUAAAGUUCAUUGAACUGUUGUACAGGUGUCCGAGCGUGUGAGAAAUUGGGAACAUAGAGUGAUGGAAGAACGUACAUCGGAAAUCUAUAAAAUAAUGAAAAAUAAAAAAGAAGAAGAAGAGAGACAAGCUGAAGAAGCAGAUAAAAAGCAAGAAAUUGUUUGGAGAGAACAAGGUAAAUAUUUAUUAUUAUUAUUUUAUGUUAAAAAUAAUAUUAGUAGAUUACCUAUUUACAUAUUUGUUUUUAAUAUUUCAUUAGCUUUUAACGGUAUAAUUUGGUUCUAUAAUUACCUAAAAUAAUCUAUAUAGGUAUCAAUUUAUAUAUUAUAUCACUAUAAAAUGCUGUUAUAAUAAUAAUAUAUAAAGAUCGACCUAUACUAAUAAUACUGGUAAUUCAACUAUUAAUAUUUAAUAACAUAAUAAUAAUAUACCUAUAGCCUAUAUGUAAUAGGUGUAUAAUUAUAAUACUUGUAUUUCCAUAGAAUAAUAAAUUAUGGAAUCACAUUUUAAAAUAUCUUUAAACCGAAAUUCAUUUUUUAAAAAGACAAGAGUUUCUGUACAUCAUAUUUGUAAACGUUUAAAUUCAUUGUUUUUUAGAUUUGAUUAAUUUUAGUUUCUAAGUGGAGCAAAGAAGCUUAUGAUUUUACAAAGAUUAUUAUUUUUUUUUUAUUCUAUGCACAACUUUUCUACCUGAGGACUUGCUCCGAUUUUUACGUGUAACACCUUUUCCGAAAGGAUAUCGGUAUGGGGAGGUACUCCCCAGGUACUUUAAAGAGGUAAUUUUUCGAUUUUCUCAAGAGUUUUCUCAUCAAAUACGAAAAACCGAAAAAAACAACCGGGAUAAUGUACGAAAUAUAUUUUUGUAAUUUUACGGUUUUGUUCUUUCUUAUGAACAAUUUUUCUAAAAGUAAAUUUCACUGGGGAGGUACUUUAAAGACCUCGCACAUCGAUUUUUUCCGGAGUUUUCUCAACAGAUGUGAAAAACUGAAAAAAAACAUGGGAACCUGGAAAAACGUAUUAAAUCCAGGAAGAUCAGUACAACAUUAAACAAAUAUUAUUAAAGAAAAUAUAUAGAGCAUAUUUAAUUAUUUUACUAUAAUAUGGCAUAAAUAUUUUUAGCAUCACUAUCAACUGAAUUUUGAACUGAAAAUUGUUUUUUUCGUAAUCAAUGGCUUAUCGUUGCUUUCAUGUAUACAUUAAAUUACCUAUAAUAGUGGCUGCACCUGUCCCCAUUAUUCUAAGACUUAUUUUUAAAUGUGUAACUAAUAAAACUAUUAGCUAUUUAUUAUUUUCACUUACAUAUUACAUAAACCAAUAAUUUAUAUGAACUAUAGAAAAGGCAUUAUAAUUACUUAACUACAUUACAUUAGGUAUAUAUUUUAUUCGUUAUUGCCAUUUGGUACUUAUCAUAUUCGGGGACUAAAAUACUAUGAAUAUUAUUACACAAAACUAUGACAACCAUACAAUAGUACAUUAAUUUAAUUAUUCAAAUUAUUGUUAUAAUUGACUAUAAGUCAAUAGAUUUAAGUACUUAAAAAUUUAAUUUUUAUCAAAAACGAUUGAAUACUAAAUUUUUAAUAAACCAAACACUUUAUCAUUGAACAUUUAUUUUUAAUUUAUAGAUUUUAAAAUUUACUGAUUUUCAACAAAGCAAUAAAUAAAAUAAUUAAGUACUGAAUUAAAAAUAUAAACGUGUAUAUACCUACUUUGUUAUAGAUUUGAACUAUUAAAAUUUAAAUUUCAUCUAAUUUUAAAUUUUGACAGCUACGUGCCAAAACUUUAAAAUUUUUUUUUAAUAAUUUUGGUUUUUUAUGUUGUAUACAUUGUAAAAAUAAUGAUGUAUAUAAUUCAAUUUUUUACAACAUUAUUUAUAAUUUUAUUAAUAAGUAACAUUCUUAAAUUUAAUCAUAAUAUCGAACCAAACAAACAUCUUUUAUCUCUUCUGGGCCAUUUGUAAAAAUUGAGUUACGAAAUUUGGUACAUAACUGUUGAUAUUACAAAUUAUUUUACCUACAUUUUUGAUUCGUAAAGGUUCUAUCACUGAAUUAGAAAUUACAAAUAUAAAUCUAUUUGUAUUCGGAACUUUAGGUAUCUACCUAUCUAAUAAAUAAUUGUUCUACACAAUGAAAAUAACAUUUUUCUUAAAUUAACCGUUAUUAAAUGCUAAAUAGUAAACACAAUUUUUUUUAAAUAGAAGCAUAUAAUUUUAGUUGUAUUACCUAUAACAAUUUAAAUAUUUUCAGAACAAAAGGCUAAAGAAGCUGAAUUGCAAAAACGUCAAAUUGCACGCCAAGCUAGAGAAGAACAUAGAAAGUCAAUGCUCUGUUUUGAAAAACCUUUUAAGUAAUUUAUGUGUUGAAAAUUGAACAUACAGUUUGGAGCAGAAGAUUAAACAUAAUAGUUUUCAUAAGUUAGGCAACCAAAUCAACCUGCAAACUAAAAUUGAUUAAGUUUCAAGUUUGUAAAGUAAUUUGUUUGCCUAGCUGCUACUAACUAGUAAAAACAUUACUACCUACCUAAAUUACUUAAUCAUUCUGCACCAUUCUGUAAAUAUAAUCAUAAAUUAAUAAAGUAUACUUUAAAUAAUACAUUCAUUUUAGUGGUGUUUUUGUUCCGGAUUCAUCUAAACCACCAAGUAAAAAAGCUGUUAUUGAAUGGUUUAGAGCAAAAGAAAUACCUAGGAGAGCUGGAUUUGACCAAAACAAAAAUGCCAUAGCCACUUGGUUUCACGGUAUUUACUAUAGUUUAAUCAAUAUAACCACUUUUAAAGGUCCACUAAAUAAAGUUGUUCUAUUCAAAAGAUUUUAUGAUACUUAACCAAUGUUUAUGUAUAUACGCUGUACACACAAAUAAUAACUCAGGGAAAUUUGGUUUUACUUACUAUUUUUUUUUCUUUGUACUAAUGUAUUCAUUUAUUAUGUUUACUAUACUCUGUAUCCACUACAUAAUAAUAAUAAUGUCUUAAAUUAUAUAUUAAUAAUAAUUUAUUUAUAGGGCUCAUAACCAGACAAGAAGCAGAAGUAUUGCUUAACAAAGAACCAGUCGGUAGUUUUUUAGUAAGAAUAUCUGAAAGAAUUUGGGGUUAUGCCAUCACCUAUAAAGACUUUGAUUGUUGUAAACAUUAUUUGGUAGAUGCCUCUAAUGGUCAUUAUCAAUUUUUAGGGGCUAAUCAAAUGGCUCAUAACACAUUGAGUGAGUUAUUUUGAAUUUAUAAAUUAUUUUCUUUUUUUGAUUAGUUAAAAUAAUACUUAAAAUAAUAAAAUUUGAAUUCAAGUACUAAUUAUAUAACCUACUUGGUUAUAUUUUAAGUCAAAUGUAAUUAAUUUUAAAUAAUAAAUUAUAAUACACACACACACACAUACCGAGUGAUCCAUUUAAUAUAAAACACUCAUUAUUUCACAAAGUAUUUACUUUUAUCAAAACAAAUUUUUUUAACAAACUAAGAAUCAAGCAGCUCUAAAAUGUCACAAAAAAAAUUAAAAUGUAUUUAAAUUAAUACUCCAUCUAUUUAUGGAAUUUUAAAUUUAGAUUAAUAUUUGAAAAACAAAAGUAGGUAUUUGUUUCACCCCUAAUAAUAAGGGUGACAAAAAAUAAUGGUAACAUAACAUUUCAGCGCUAUUUUCUGUUUAUAUUUUCAAAAACAAUUUUUUAUGAAAAGUCAAUAUUUCAUGAAACAAUGAGUAUUUUACAUUAAAUGAACUACCUAUAUAAAUCUUUAUAGGUUAGAUUAAUCAAUGAAUUUUAAAUUAAUUUCAUACCUACUUAUCUACUUAUACAAAUCUUAUUGAAUAUUAGGUAUAAUUUCCCCAAAAAUAUUAUAUUUAAAUACGAUCAUUCUCUAUUUUAAAUAUUUACUGUGUUUUUGUUUUUAUUUUUUCUAGGUGAAUUAAUUACCUAUCAUCGAAACAUGCCCAUUACUAAGACUGGUGAAGAACUGUUACUUAGACCCUGUAAUCGUACUACAAAUUUACCUCCUCUUGUUUUUCAAGGCCUACUGAAAACAUGAUAAUACCUAGUACCUACUUAUAUUUAUAAUAAUGAUUUAUAAUAUUAUUUUAUUUAAUAAUAAUCAAUAUUU